CCCGCUUCCAUCAUCAUCAGCAACAUCACACUGGAGCUGCAGAGAUCCGCCGUGUAAGAGCGUUGCAAGCCGCGUCGGCCAUUGACUGCACAUCAGACUUCAGAUCCGCUGGAGAUGGCAGGGAUCCUGGCGUGGUUCUGGAACGAGAGGUUCUGGCUCCCGCACAACGUCACCUGGGCUGACCUGAAAAACACAGACGAGUCCACCUUUCCACAAGCCGAGGAUCUGUACCUGGCGUGUCCUUUAGCAUUCUGCAUGUUCAUGAUCCGGCUGGUCUUUGAGAGGUUUAUUGCGAGGCCAUGUGCACUCGGUCUGAAAAUCCAGGCCAACGGGCCGCAGAAGGCUCAGCCCAACGCCAUUCUGGAGAAGGUCUUCACUGCCAUCACCAAGCACCCCGAUGAGAAGAGGUUAGAGGGUCUGUCCAAGCAGCUGGACUGGGACGUGAGGACCAUCCAACGCUGGUUCAGACAUCGACGCAACCAGGAGAAGCCGAGCACACUGGCGCGCUUCUGCGAGAGCAUGUGGAGGUUCACGUUUUACCUGUACAUAUUUACAUACGGCGUGCGCUUCCUGAAGAAGAGCCCGUGGCUGUGGAACACACGAGAGUGCUGGUACAACUACCCUUAUCAGCCGUUAACUGUGGAUUUGCAUUACUACUACAUACUGGAGCUGUCCUUCUAUCUGUCGCUGCUCUUCUCGCAGUUCACAGACAUCAGAAGAAAGGACUUUCUCCUGAUGUUCCUGCAUCACGUGGCCACCAUCUCUCUGAUCACCUUCUCAUAUGUGAAUAACAUGGCUCGGGUGGGAACGCUGGUCAUGUGCCUGCACGAUGCUGCCGCCGUCCUGCUGGAGGCUGCUAAAAUGGCCAACUACGCCAAAUGCCAGAGACUCUGCAGCGUCCUGUUCGUCAUGUUUGCCCUGGUGUUCAUCAGCUCCAGGCUGGGAGUGUAUCCUGUAUGGAUUUUAAACAGCACUGUGUUUGAGAGCUGGGAGAUCGUGGGGCCGUACCCGUCGUGGUGGGUGUUUAACGUGCUGCUCGUCCUGCUGCAGGCCCUGCACACCUUCUGGGCGUAUCUCAUUGUGCGCAUCGCCUGCAGGGCCAUCUCCAGAGGGAAGGCGGGAAAAUGGAAUCCUUUACGUGUGUCAAAGGAUGACCGCAGUGACAUUGAGUCCAGCUCUGAUGAAGAUGAGGUUCUUCUUCCUCCUCAGAAACACCACACUAACGGGACCAACGGCACCAACGGCUACCUGUCCUCGUCCCCGUGCCCAGACGAACACUAACCGUCCGCCCAGCGUGGAGGAUGUUUCCCCGAGCCCCUGCUGCAUCACUCUCUGUUGUGUCAAAUCUUGUAUGAACAUUACCGGUCCCGUACUGGAACUUCUCAAUAAUGUGUGAAUGCGGUUCUGUUUGGUCGCUUUUCACCUUUUCCCUCCAGAUAUUUUGUGUUCUAUUGGUCGGCUUAUGUUUUUGUGGUUGUUUAUCCUGCGACAUUCGUUAUCGAAGCACUUUUUAGAUUCACUCGAGCAAGAGAAUGAUUCUUUCAUAAACACAUGAGCAUGCUGCUGCGCUCAAGUAUUCUGGCAUCAUGGGAACAGAUUAGUGUUAUUUUCUAUUUAGUCAUUUUUGUAUCUUUAAUAACUUAGCAUUUCUGUGUUUUGUUUUGUGUCGUUUUUUUAAACAUACGCUCCCCUUUUCCACCGACAAGAUGUUGGUGUUGGAGCUGGUGCCCAGUCUAGAACCGCUCUGGGUGCGUUUCCUAAAAGCAUUAUUAGUCAACUAAUAGGGAUGUAAUGAUUCACUAAGUCACAAUUCGAUUCUAUUCACAACUUUGGUUUCACAAUUCCAUUCACCUUUUUUUUUUUUUUUUUUUAAACAAAAUGAGAUUUAAGACAAAUUAAGGGUGGGCAAUAUGGGAAAAAAAUAUCAUAUCACUUUUUAUAUAUAUAUAUAUAUAUAUAUAUAUAUAUGUGUGUAUAUAUAUAUAUAUAUCAAGCUUUUAUCACAAUUCUUUGUCAUGUUGGUUUUACUAUUUUGCAAGUUGUCUGAGCAUUACAGCCAAACUAAUUCCCUAUUAUAAAGACAAAGCCUUUCAAUGUAACAAAAAAAUCAAAAACAGUGACUUCCAGAGUAUUUUUGCUACUAUCAAAUUCAAUGUGGACCAGCAAAUGUUUGGUUAUCCACAUUCUUCAAAAUAUCUUCUUUUGUGUUCAGCACAAGAAAUAUAUAAAUUAAUACAGGUUUGGGACAAUAUGACAGUGAGUAAAUAAUGACAGAAAUUAAAUUUUAGGGUGAUCUAUCCCUUGACAGUAAUGACAGUAAGCUGCAUGUUUAAUAGACAUACUUUAAGACCUGCACAGCUCAGACCAAGAAGCCCCAAAUCAAAUAAAUAAGUAACAAAAAUAAAUCUCUACAUAUAAACAAAACAAGGCUUUGUCUGUGCUCUUUCUAUUUAAAUUUAGAUGCAACCACUGCAUUUUAUUCAUGAUCCAACUUUAAGACAGUAAGUUCCCGUCAGACACACAUUCAUAUAAAUUCUUACCCCUAACUAAAUCCCAAUUUGUUUAGCAUCUCAACCAAUUUAAAUCACAAAUUUAAAUCGAUAUUAAACCUGCUCGCAGUUAAUCGUUACAUCCCUACAAACUAUAGUCACAAGGUCCAACAAACAUAUGCUAAAUGAAUCACAAUGUUGUGUUGUUGGAACUUCAGCUGUCCAUCUGUAGUUUAUCAGCUAACAAAAAUAUGUUCCAUGAACGUUUUGCUAAUGAUUUCAUUAAGUUAUAAAAAUGGUCUCUGAAUGUUCAAAAUGUUCAAAUGUUCUAAAAAGAUAGAAACAUUUUUUUCUUGGUUUUGCGAACGUUACUAGAACUUUUAAUUGGAAAAACAAAUGUUUUAAACAUUAUGGGAACGUUAUUCUUAAAUGUACUUGAUUUUUGUGCAUUCCAAAAGAAAUUGCAUUUCAAAGCACAAUAUUUUGAACAGAAUCUUGCAUGUUGAAGCAAGUUAGUUGAACCGUUUUAACUAGCUAGCUACUCGAAUAACAUUGACAGUUUACUAGUACCAACAUGAGCAACUUCUCAUAACUUUGGCUGAAUUCUGGGAAAACUUUUGUCAAAGUUAUGAACAAAUAUUCUUCCAGUGACAUUAAUACAAUGUUGGUUCAAAGUUGUUUGAUCUUUAAAAAUGUUAGCAAAACCAUGAAGAUAUUUUUUUUAUAUUAUAUUUGUUUCAGAACAAUCAACAGCAAUGUUCCCACAAUGUUCGCAAAAUUAUAAAAUGGACUGUUAAUGUUUGUAUAACCAAGAAACAUUUAAUAAAUUAAAUUGACAUUUUGACUGUUCAUAGAAAUUUGAAAUAAUGUUUACAUAACUUGAAAGGCACAAAACAUUCUCAGAACAUAUUUUUGUUUGCUGGGUUUCUCGCCAGUUUGACUACGGAGAAUAACUUGCACUGCAUUUUGCAUAUAAUGUAUGUGGUCUUAAAUCUGCUGGUUUAAAAUAAGGAAAUAAUAACAUCAAAACAUCUAGAUUAUUGUCAACAAAGCAGUCUAAACUGGAAACGCUUGUCUCCCUGCUUUUAUUUUUGUGACGUUGCAUGCCAACUUCAGAUGCUACAUUUAAGCACAGCAAUGCACUAUUAUUAUUUGUAGGAAGGUUAUGCAUCAUGUACACUGAUCACAGGAAGCCUGUUUUAGGUAAAUACAACACUUAUUGAGAAAUCUCGCCCGACUUGGAAGCAAUUCUGCUUCUUUUAAGGAAAGUGCUUUAGUAGGAAACUUGCAAAUGCAAAACCUUUGGAAAGUAUUUCAGUGUGAUUUCACUUGAAAGAAAUAGUGAAAUUUAUCAAGUGAUUACUGGUUAAUACCAUCAAGUCAGCAGGUAUAAAGAAUGUCCCAUGAUUAUAUUUGGUUACUGUAUGUUGUCUGUUUUUUCUUUUUCUUUUUUGAGUUUAGAAUAAAAGAUCAUCAUUCAGCCGAGGUUUAUUUAAAGCUUUUGAUUCGAGUGUUUUGAUGCUGUUUCUUUCAGUGUUGGGAAGGUCGCUGCUGCUGUCUGUUUUGAGCUGGAAAAGCGCUACAGCUAAUUAUCCGUCAUCUUAUUUGCACUGCAGACAGGUUGCUGUGUUAUGUGGUUUACAUUUGAUGUCAAAAAGGCGAAGAUAAAAAAAAAGACAACUGUAUUCUCUGCCUUUGCUGGAAAACUGAUUAUCAGCGGUACUAAUAAAUGAUGUUGCCAUGUAUUUUAAAUAAACACGACAGACCAAUACACUU